UGUUGUGAUUCUUGCAAUCGUGUUUCACUCCUCCAUCGAUAAAAUUGAAGAACGAAAUCAAUUCAUCUCGGCACUGAGAAUUCUUUCUCCUUUCUCUCAGUUUUCUUCCAUAACCAACCAUUCCACAAUCCCUUCUUCCUCGUUAACUUCAAUCCCACCGACGUAGAGGGGCGGGAUGGCCAUAGGAGUUCCUGCAAACCGGUGGAAGCGAUGGUGGUGGAAAGAUCUGUGGAGGCGGUGGUGGUAAUGGUAAUUUACCUGAGGUAAUUCAUUGAUUCUCAGCAAUUAUGCGAAAUACCUAAGGUGCAAGGUGAUUUCUCGAGGGCUGAGGAGUAUUGCAGCCGAGCAAUCCUGGCAAACUCUAGCGAUGGAAAUGCUUUAUCUUUAAAACUCCAUCGUUUUUCAGGUGCACAGAAGCCGACAUGGAGAAAUUUGGGAUUCAUCUAUUGGUGCUUUCUCAUGUCUACCUGGUCCCACAACUAAAAUCGCGUUGUAGCAAAGCCUUGAUCGAAUGGUUAACAAUUGAGAAUAUGGUUGAUGUUCUUCAACUUGUGAGACUCUGUAACGCACCUGAUCUUCACUUCAAAUGUGUAAAACUCGUGUCUAACAUCUUCAAAGCUAUUGAGAAAACUGAAGGCUGGAAGUUUCUUCAACCCAAUGAUCCUUUCCUCAAGCUCGAAAUCCUCCAGGUCAUCGAUGAAUCUGAAUCGAGAAGCAAGAAGCGUAGGAAAGAACAGAACUUGUAUCUUCAGUUGAGUGAAGGCAUGGAUUGUUUAGAACAUAUUUGCACAGAAGGUUGCAUAAGUGUAGGACCAUGUAACAAAGAACCCACCAAGAGCAUGUAUCUAUGUAGCAAUUGUCAACAUGUCAAGGCUUGCAACUCUCGAUUCAACACAUGCCACAUUAUAAGAAAAGAAUGAAUGGAGGGUGUGUUAGGUGCAAAAGGCUAUGACAACUCUUCAAACUCCAUUCUUCCAUCUGUGAACUACCUGAUUCAACCUAUAAAGUUCCCCUUUGCAGGUAACACUAUAAAUGCAUUUCACUUCUUGGCAUCAUUUUAUAUCUUUAAAAGACUUUAUAAAUCUGACCACUAUUUUGACUAUUUUGAAAGUGAAGGUAGUUUGUCACUAUUUUCAUAUCAAAAUUUCUGCUUCUUAUA